AUGAGAAGAAGACUAAUACCACCUUUCCGUGAUCCCGAUUUGUCAAAAAGUGAAAUUCAUCACAUGCUUUCGACAGCGGAUUGUUCACGGGUACAGUCAUCAGAACUAUGUCGUGGAUAUUUAAUCAAUAAAUCCUGUUUUCGAUUUGGUUGUUCAUAUUGUCGGUGUAUUCCACUGCAUAAAAACGAUAAUACAUCAUUUCAACUGGAUUGUAAUCCGAAAUCGUCGGCGAUGAGAAAUCGAUUUUGUACAAAAGUACCUUAUAUGGCAUGUGCAAUGCAGAAAGUUUCUUUAUUAUGGUCCAAUGAUACUAAAUAUGACUGUUAUAGGUCUGGUAGGUCUCAAAAAUAAGAUAAAAGGUUGA